UCAAGGACAUAAUAAGGCGGAAAAACACAAUGGCUCAAGCGCGACAAUAGCUUCACGGAAAGCUUGAUGAACUAUUCGAGGUGAAGAAACAAUCGUUUACUAUGGAUGAGUCAAACAAGGGAAUAGAAGCCAGCCUAACUAAGGUAAGAGAAGAUAGUAUCUGUUGAUCACUGAAUCAUCGAUUGGUGCCAACUGAAUUGCCUCGUCUUUUUUGUCGUCAAGGAACAAAUUCAUGACAAUGCAUACGUUAUUCAGCGAACAUCCUAUGAGUAUUCCUAAUCAAACUUCACCACAAUCACCACUUCCUCCAGUGCAUGCGCAUUGGUGGAGUGCUGCUGGCGGCCUUGGAUCUCAAUUGCUUUACGGUGAGUCUUUUGGUACUAAUAACCAGUUAAUGAAGCUGUCAUCUUCAUCUCCAAUGGACAACAACAACCACAACAACCCUAGUCUUAGAUUUGGUGAUCAGCUCACUGAUGUCCAACAUGGGAUAGACCUAGGUCCGCAGUAUCAGCAGAAGGAGAACUACUACAGUGCUCCUCGACAGUUCACUAUUUUACCUGGUGAUGGCAGAGAACCGUUGUUGAAGGUUCAGAAGGCUCUUCCAUUUACGUCAACCUUGCCUGAGUAUGCUCUACGGCAAUCAUCUCGACCUGAGUAUCAAGCUUGUUUCGGUUUAGGACUUGGCCAACCUAUGAUCCGUCCAAACUAUCCUAACAUUAGUCCUUAUUAUGGCAUGUAUGCAACUUAUGGCGGAUACCAAACAACAGCGAUGACACAGGGCCGCGUGAUGUUGCCAUUGAAUGUGAACACGGAAGAUGGACCGAUCUUCGUGAAUUCAAAGCAGUACCGUAGAAUAAUGCAGCGACGUCUUUGCCGUGCAAAAGCACAGCAUGGAAAGAAGGUCGCCAAAGUUCGAAAGCCUUACCUUCAUGAAUCGCGCCAUCUCCAUGCAAUGCGUCGAGCAAGGGGAUGCGGAGGUCGUUUCCUUACGAAGAAUGCAAGUGCUGGAAAAGGUGGGACUGGCAUCGAUGACAUCCAGCUUUCUCAACUAUCCGGGUCUUUGAUGUCUGAAGUUGCGCAUUCAGACAGCAGAAAUGCAAAUUCUUCAGAGGGGAACGGAAACAUAUCUACUUUGUCAGGUUCAGAAGUAACUAGCAUCUAUUCAAGGGGAGAUCUGUACUAUUUUCAGAUUGAUCCUCUGCGUUUGACAGGCUUUCAUAGUCUUCCAAACAUGAUCGACAGUGGAGCUCAAGUUCUUUCCAUGUCCAACAAGUGGGUCACUGUACCUGAGGGCUACGGUGACCUGCUAAAAGUUUGAUCACGGGAAAAACUUGGGUUGCUGUGAGUUGCAGCUUCGGCUUCAUCGAGUUUUCUUGAUUCAUUGUCAGAAAAUGAGACGGCCAUUUUGCAUCUUAAAUGAGCAGCAACCUGUUCCUAGCAUGCAACCAAAUGAAAGAGCACUGUCUACAGUGCUGUGGUCGCGGGAUAUUUUUUUGUCCCCGCCGCUGUUUGGUUGAUGGCAAUUCAUCCUUGGCCAUGCAUUGACACAUUCUCAGAAUCCCAAAACAUGCCUUUGGACGUCGUCUAAAGGCAGUUAAGGGAUCUGAAAAGUCUUAAUGUGUGAAGGUUACGAUAUAAGUACUAGUAUGCAGUUUGAUUUGAUAAAAUCAGACAAUAAAAGAUUCGAUUUGAGUACUAGUAUGUAGUUUGAUUCGAAAAUCAGACUGAAAAAAGUUUGUGUUACGUACUGAUAUGUAGUUUGGUUGACAAAAUCAAACAUAAAUAGUGUGUAGUCUGAUUGACAAUGUCAGACCUAAACGUGUGGAGUACAUAAAUAAUGGUGUGAACUAGGUUUUCUUCGAUUGAAUUAUGGUUGUAGUUUGAUUCAGAGUCGUUUGACUCCAUAUUAUGUAUUGUGUAAGACAUCCUAUUAUAAAUUCGAUAAAUGGAAAGGGAAAACUAAUGCUAGCUA